CAUCGUUCUAGACUACAUUACCCAUUACCCCCUGCGUCUGCAUUUGUUGGAUUGUACUGGAAAAAAAAGCGUAAUAUUGUAUCAAUGAUCUUCAACCAGUAACAUUCACACCAUCUACAUAAAACAUCUAAAAUAAUUGUGUUUUGCAGUUACCACAACAUUUAUUCAUAAACUUGAAGGUUUAUGUUUAUUGACAAUGGGGUCAGUUUGGCACAGCGGGAGACUGAAGAAGAUGGCAUGAGCAGCACAAGAGGAUAGAACAGCUUUAAUGGAAUAGAGCAGCUUCAUCUUUCUGACAAACAGUCAUGGAAACCAAGGAAAAUGGUUCAGUGGACACCAAAAAUUCUAUGGAGAAUGGGCAGCUUACUGAUCCAGCCCACUGGGCCGUAGCGGAUGUGGUCAAUUAUUUUAAAGCUACAGGGUUUGAGGAGCAAGCCAAUGCUUUCCAGGAUCAGGAAAUCGAUGGCAAAUCCCUUUUAUUAAUGACUCGUAACGAUGUUCUGACCGGACUUUCAAUAAAACUGGGUCCUGCACUGAAGAUAUACGAGUAUCAUGUCAAGCCUCUCCAAACCCAACACUUAAAAAGUAACGUCUCGUAGCCGCUGCCGCUGCAUGGACACAUGGAAGACAAUCACAGCAGGGUAACUGCAGACAGAACUAACACAUUUUAUGCAUCUUGAAGAAAAAAAACACAAACAUGGUGAAUUAUUGCUUUUAAUGUCUUGUUUUGCAUUACAGGCACACUUACUGUUUUCACUUUACCUUUGUUUAAUGGUGUGUUCGUUUAGAUUUUGAUUUUGUGUGCUUGUACAUAACUCAUUCUUGCUUUUAAGGUUAAAUGCUUAGUUUGAUAAAAGUGAACUGUGAUGUCAAAUUAAAAAAAAUAAAAAUGAAACUCCACCUUUAAAGAUGUUUCAGUGUAACCCAUGAUGAAGAUGUUUGAAGGCAAGUGAGAGGGACAUUCAUGUCACAGUUGAUUUUAUGGGUUUGUUGGUGGUUUUGCUUUUCGUUUUUCCCAGUUUUUAACAAUCUGUAUAAAUGAUCAGCACAAAUGAUCAGAUGUUCUGAAAAUUAUAGAUUUGCUGUGGUUUACAGCUGUAAAGGCUCAACGGAUGACGGGUUUGUUUGCAGGAAUGCUGCCUGGAUGACAGGCCUUUGUGCUGUUAUAAAUUCUGUUUAUUUAUUUCAUUCUGUAACUAACAGUGUGAUUUCUAAUGGAUUGGUGAAUUGUAGUUGUUGACGGAUAGACGCUGCGACUCUAAAGCAGUUUGUGAUACAGGGUGUUUUAAAAAGAUGAAACGAAUGUGAGUGUAGCCUGCAAUAAAUGGUGCUUUUUCAGAUUGCUGAAAAAAAAUCGACUUCUUG